UGCUACUUCCCGGUUGUUGAUCGAUACCCCGAGUGCCAAGCAAGAACUGCAUUUUCUAUUGAAAAAGGUGAUCCUGAGGCAGGUUGUCUCCCCUACAUUGAUUGACGGUAGGAUCUAGCUGAACUAUCCUGUAGUCGGAUUUUCGAGUCGAUCGGGAUUUCUUUGCAUGCUGAUUGUGUGGUUCUGCUAACAAUGAGAGACUUCUUUUCUUGACAGCAGAAAUAAUUCUUAAAUAUCACCAUGAUGAAGCCAGAAGAGUGUGAAAAGAUGUCUUUGCUCUUGUCCACAUACCUGGAUAGAAAUUUAACAGGAACACAAGAGGAGGUUCAUAUCCGCAGAAGAGCACAAUUCUUAAACGAACUUUUAACAAAUCCUGCCUUUCGUCGCUUUACACAAUUUCUAGGUGGUAGUAUUGGAGAAGGACUUUGUAUACAAGGUUCAGAUAAAGACCAAAUGAUGAUUGACAACACAGUGUCAGUUAUGUACCCUGACCAAUACAUUCCUCAAAACAUGAAACAAAAAACUAUUCUGUACAUGAGAGAUGGAGACUUUCGCCCUGGCUAUGUCAGUUUAGAGCUGAGGCAGAUAGGACAGCAAUCCAGCCCAAUUUUCUUUAAUUCACUUGUUGAAAAAGAGACUUCAGUGUUUAUAUCCAGUGAUAUUUACAGAGAGCAAUAUGUGAGUAAAAAUUGUACAUUAUCAUAUUUAGGAUAUGAAUCAAAUGGGCCUAGCUCUACCACAAAAGCUAUAGGGGAAUUGGAUUCUGUUUAUUGCUUUCCAUGUAACACUUGGCCAAAAGAGGCUAGAGAAUGGAUCACACGCCCACGUCUACAUGGAUGGCCGUGUCAAACCUUAAUAGACAAGAUUGUUCAGUGUGGAUGUCAUCUUGUUCCAGUUGGAGAUAAAUGUUCUGAAGACACAUUUCUACAAUGGAGAAUUUCAUUUGCAACAGCAGAAAGAUCUUUAGUUCACUCAUUUAGUCAUGUCCAACUCAAAGUUUAUGGUCUGCUGAAAUAUUUCUUAAAACAAAUAAAAGGCACAUUAAAAGAUACCAUCGGGGAUGACGACAUCUUAUGCUCUUAUUUUUUGAAAACAAUUCUUUUUCAUGCAAUAGAGAAUACUUGUCAGAUGUUUUGGCAAAACAAAAACUUGUUUUACUGUUUUUGGCAUUGCUUCAGUAUUCUGAUCGGUUGGGUAAAGGCAGGCUUUUGUCCCAAUUACUUCAUCCCUGCCAACAAUUUGUUCAGAAGGAAAGUGCAAGGACAACACCAGCAAAUACUAUUGGACAUUUUAAACCAGUACAGCGCGAUGAAAUGGAUGUGUUUGUCGGUUGGAACUUACUACAAACCAAUAUGGCUGGAUUUGUCAGACCCAUCAUGGCAAACUCAUCUUGAAUGUCCAACACCUGUAUGGGAAGUGUAUAAGAGACUGGAUGAAGAGACCUGUCAGAACUUUCCAGUUGCAUUAGAACUCGAAGACCGCACAAUAAUAACUAUAAGAAAGGCUAUGAAGUUAUUAUCAACAUCACAGGCAGAUUUUGACGAGUUUUACUGUUACCACUAUGUUUUAAAGGCUCUGCAAAAGCUGGCAACAAAUCAAGUUUUACCAGACCAGAAAUUUGUUUUAGACAACAAAAAAAGAUACAGAAAUAUUAGGAAAUGUAAACACUGGAUAAUUCUAAAUGCUUCAAUGGGUACAGAUCUGUUGUAUUUGGCAACCUUCCAUUUUCUGACUGGAAAUGUCAGGAAGUCACUAGAAAUGUGCAAACAAAUUAUGAAAUUAGCAUCAUAUUAUGGCGCAAGCAACAUUUCUGGAAAUUCAAAGCUACGAGAAAUGUACAAAGAGGAACAACUAUACCUAAUGCACACAAAAGACAGAUUGCGAAAAAUAUUUAGACGUGAACUUAUCUUUCGCCACAAGAGGAUGUCUCUUCCUCAUUUCUGUCUAGAGUUGUCCCAUGAAAAGUGUUUACCUAUAGCGAUCCCUCCGCUUCCCUAUGCCCUUUUCCUAAACUUCCUAUGUUGCUAUGAACUUGGAGACGCCAGAGGAAGUGAAGCAGCAUUGCGUGACCUAAUAAAUAUCCAGUAUGAUGAUAAACAGGGUGGACAGAAAUUCUGGAUGGUUCACACACUUCUUGGGAUCUGUUACCAAAUUCUUGGAGACUAUCAAGCAGCAAUUUGGGCAUACUGGGAAUCAUCACUAUCAACAGCUGUCCUUCAUGAAUGGAAUCCUGCCAUUGACAGGAUAGCUGUUGUAUAUCUUUGCAUGUUUGUCUUACAGAGGUCUGAUAUGGGAUAGAUUUGAUACAUCUGUCUGUGUCUCCCUAGUAAUGACAGAGGACAGUUUAUUUAUGUAUCGCUGGUUGUAUGUCUCUCACAGUAAUGACAGAGAACAGCUGUGAUGUAUCUGUGGUUGUAUGUCUGUGAGAAUAAUGACAGACGACAGCUGUGAUGUAUCUAUGGUUGUAUGUCUGUGAGAGUAAUGACAGACGACAGCUGUGAUGUAUCUAUGGUUGUAUGUCUGUGAGAGUAAUGACAGACGACAGCUGUGAUGUAUCUGGUUGUAUGUCUGAGAAUAAUGACAAACGACAGCUGUGAUGUAUCUGUGGUUGUAUGUCUGUGAGAGUAAUGACAAACGAUAGCUGUGAUGUAUCUGUGUUUGUAUGUCUGUGAGAAUAAUGACAGACGACAGCUGUGAUGUUUCUGUGGUUGUAUGUCUGUGAGAGUAAUGACAGACGACAGCUGUGAUGUAUCUGUGGUUGUAUGUCUGUGAGAGUAAUGACAGACGACAGCUGUGAUGUAUUUAUGGUUGUUUGUCUGUGAGAAUAGUGACGGACGACAGCUGUGAUGUAUCUAUGGUUGUAUGUCUGUGAGAGUAAUGACAGACGACAGCUGUGAUGUAUCUAUGGUUGUAUGUCUGUAAGAAUAAUGACAGACGACAGCUGUGAUGUAUCGAUGGUUGUAUGUCUGUAAGAAUAAUGACAGAGAAUAGCUGUUAUGUAUCUAUGGUUGUAUGUCUGUGAGAGUAAUAACGAACGACAGCUGUGAUGUAUCUUAGGUUUUAUGUCUGUGAGAGUAAUGACAGACGACAGCUGUGAUGUAUCUGUGGUUGUAUGUCUAUGAGAAUAAUGACAGACGACAGCUGUGAUGUAUCUGUGGUUGUAUGUCUGUGAGAAUAAUGACAGACGACAGCUGUGAUGUAUCUGUGGUUGUAUGUCUGAGAGUGAUGAGAGUAUCUUAAAUAUUAAGUUAAGAAAUAGCAAUCUCAAUGGCUUCAAAAUAAUCAUCUGUCCUGGGAUAGGACCAGACCCACCAUUUACACAAAAUUACUUAUGCUUUCCCCAAGGGUGCUCAGGCCAAAGUAGAUUAAAAUCAGCUCAGUCGUUCAUGAAUAAUUGCAAUAUAUUGUGAAAGUUGACAGAUACCGGACGCUGGACGCCGCAAUAUAUCAAUCGCUAGAAGAAAGAAUACUUUCUACAUACAUACAUACAUACAUACAUACAUACAUAAACACUUACAUACAUACAUACAUACAUACAUACAUACAUACAUACAUACA